AUGCCCAGGGAAGACAGGGCGACCUGGAAGUCCAACUACUUCCUUAAGAUCAUACAACUUUUGGAUGAUUAUCCAAAAUGCUUCAUUGUGGGAGCAGACAAUGUAGGCUCCAAGCAGAUGCAGCAGAUCCGCAUGUCCUUACGCAGGAAGGCCGUGAUGCUGAUGGGCAAGAACACCAUGAUGCGCAAGGCCACCCGGGGGCACCUGGAAAACAACCCCACUCUGGAGAAACUGUUGCCUCACAUCCGGGGCAAUGUGGGAUUUGUGUUCGCCAAGGAGGACCUCACUGAGAUCAUGGACAUGCUGCUGGCCAACAAGGUGCCAGCUGCCGCCCGUGCUGGGGCCAUCGCCCCAUGUGAGGUUACUGUGCCGGCCCAGAACACUGGUUUGGGUCCGGAGAAGACCUCCUUCUUCCAGGCUCUGGGCAUCACCACAAAGAUCUCCAGAGGCACCAUUGAAACCCUGAGUGAUGUGCAGCUGAUCAAGACUGGAGACAAAGUGGGAGCCAGCGAAGCCACCCUGCUGAACAUGCUGAACAUCUCCCCCUUCUCCUUUGGGCUGAUUAUCCAGCAGGUAUUUGACAAUAAUGGCAGCAUCUAUAACCCGGAAGUGCUUGAUAUCACUGAGGAAGCUCUGCAUACUCGCUUCCUGGAGGGUGUUCGCAACGUUGCCAGUGUGUUUCUCCAGAUUGGUUACCCAACUGUGGCCUCAGUACCUCAUUCCAUCAUCAAUGGGUACAAGCGGGUCCUGGCUUUGUCUGUGGAGACUGAGUACACCUUCCCACUGGCUGAAAAGGUCAAGGCCUUCUUGGCUGAUCCGUCUGCAUUUGUGGCUGCCGCCCCUGUGGCUGCUGCCUCCGCCCCCGCCAAGGUUGAAGCAAAGGAAGAGUCGGAGGAGUCAGACAAGGAUAUGGGAUUUGGUCUCUUUGACUAG